AUGGAUUUCACCCCCUCCAUGUUGGCGUUGCGGGAUUUGAUUAACAAUGCUGAGAUGCUUGAUCUUCCACUUCAGGGUAGGACGUUUACUUGGCAAAAUUCAUAUUCAAGAUCUCGAAUUGAUAGGUGUUUAGUUUCGGCUUCAUCUAUUGAUGCGUGGUGGAAACAUGAGGAGUUUAAAAGAUUUGGUAAAGAGAGCUGGAAUGACAUUUGUUUGACUUCUUCGAAUCUCAUUCAGAGAUUAAAAGAGUUGAGGCUUCGAAUCAAAACAUGGAACUCGGAGGUGUUUGGCGAUCAAGCUAAACAUAUCAAAGAACUGUCGAAGAAGAUUUUGAUGAAGCAUAUUGCAGGGAUGCAGGUAUUAUAUAUGAAGAGGAGAAGCAGGAGUUGUCUAGUCUCAGAGAGGAGCUGUGAACAGCUGAGAAGUGGUUCAAAUCUCUUUGAGUUCAGAAAUCAAGAUAAAAAUGGAAUACUGCAUGUGAUAGAAAUACAAAGUUUUUCCACAGCAUGGCUUCAGUUCACUAUAGAAACAAUUUUAUUUCUUCGAUCCAAUUUGAAGAUUUCAUUUAUACAGAGCCUAAGGAUAUCAUAUUUUAUAUUAGAGAGUUCUAUAAGAGUUUAUAUAGUAGAGGGGACUGCAUCCGGUUUGAUAUUACAGGUCUGCGAUGUAGCCGUUUGUUACCGGCAAAGAGUGAUUCGUAGGUCACGACAUUCUCAGAGGUGGAAAUUUUUGUUGCUAUCUGUUAUUGUGGGGAGAAGAAAGCUCCAAUGUCUGAUGGGUUUAUCUUUUGGUAUUAACACAUCCUUUAUGGUUCUUGUUCCCAAGGUGGCAGGUUCAGCCAAUAUAAAGGAUUAUAGACCUAUUGGUCUUGUUAACGGUUUCUUCAAAUUAUUAUCGAAGACUCUUUCGAGGACGUUAGCACCGCUGAUGUCCAAAGUAGUGUCUGAAAAUCAACACGCUUUUCUUAAAGCUUCGAGGAAUAAAGUGAAAUUGCUUGUUCUAAAACUUGAUUUCCAGAAGGCUUUUGAUAGCAUUGAUUGGAGUUACUUGUUAUCUGUUAUGAGUUGGGGGGUGCGUCAAAGAGACCCUAUUUCUCUGUGUCUAUUUGUCAUAGCGGUGGAGGGUUUGAAGCGCUUGCUUGAUAGAUCUAUGGAAUUGGGGCUAACUCAUAGAUUUUCUUAUGCUGACAAUCAGGAUCCUAUCUCGAUUCUUCAAUUCAUGGAUGAUACCAUUUUAUAUGUUCCUUAUGACAUUGAUUAUCUGAAGAAUUUGACUCGUAUUGUUAGAUGUUUUGAGCUAAUCUCGGGUCUUACUAUCAACUUUCAUAAGAGAUCUAUUAUGGGAAUUUAUACUAGCGAGAUGCAUUUAUUGAUAGCUGGGGAGGUAGUUGGUUGCAGGAUUGAUGCAUUUGCGAUAAGCAGGUUAUUUCUUAUCAAAUCUGUGCUUUUUAGUGUUCCCGUGUAUUUUAUGUCUAAUUUUAGUAUGCCGCGAGCAAUUCAGUCUCAACUAGAGUCAUACCUUAUGCGUUUUCUAUGGAAAGGAGAUGUUUAUUCUCGGGUUAUUAGUAAAAUCUCGUUGAGGGUGGUUUGCCAAGAUUUUAAAAGUGGUGGGUUAGUCAUUUUGAGUUGCUCUAAUGGGGUUGAUUGGGAUUUUCUAAAUAACGAGGAUAUUAAAAAGUUGUCGUUUAUUUGGAAAAACAUUAGAAGAACCUGUUGCAUUGAACAAAGAGUUUGGUCAAUUUUUGUUACGAAUAUAAAUAUCAAGGUUGGUAAGGGAGAUUCUAUCUCGCUUUGGCAUGAUUCUUGGACGAAUGAUGGACUGGAUGUUUUAUUCCCUCAGAUUUUUCAACUCUCAAACCAAAAGCAUGCUUCUAUUAAUGUUAUUUGGAAUGAGGGGUGGCGUUGGAGGCGGCAUUUAAGAGGUAGCAAACUGUUGUUGUUUAUUAAUUUACAGGCAGCUUUUAAUGUUUUAGUGCCUAGGUUAGAAAGGUUGGAUGAGGUUAUUUGGAAUGAUAAAACAGGCAUUUACUCUCCGAGUGCUUUGUGCAAGCUAUUUUCAACUAACAAUAGGGCUACAGUUCCAAUGGAUCAUCACCACAAUGGUGAGGUUAGAACAACUUCAACAGCUGCUAGGCGAGAAGUGAAUCAGCAGCUGGGUUCAGUUAUGGGAGAGCAGAUUGAGAUGCUAAAGGGACGGCAAUAA